AUGUUUUAUCCAUUUCUCUGUGGAGCUUUCCAUCACCAAGAAGAAGAAGAAGAAGAAGAAGGUAAUGGAAUCUGGUCUACCAGCCCUGCUCGUUCACCCAGAAAAUCAAAAAGAAAAAAGGACACCAAGAAUCCCUAUUCAACACGGGGACUCGACCAGUUUUCUGCACUUUUAGCAGAACUCGAGGAGAAAAGGCAGAAAAUUUAUUCACAAACGGGAUCACAAAGCUUAGUUCGAUUCGUUUACAACAAGUCAAACGAUUGUGUCCCGGUUGUGAUAAACCUGCAAGACAACAACAACCCCAUCAUGGUAAAAACAAAGGUUCAAACCCCAUCAGAAUCUGAUAAAAACAUCGACGUGAAAUCGAAGAAGAGGAAGAAGAAGAGGUUUUCAUGGAAGAAUCUGAGAAAGCCAUCUUAUUACAUCCCAGUUAUUGUAAUCCUGAUUUUAUUGUUUUUGAUGUUUGUUGGAAGAUCAGUUGCGAUACUGUGUACUUGUGUUGGAUGGUAUAUAGUUCCUACAAUUAACGGGGAAGGGUCAAAUAUGAGAAGAUCAAUGAAAAAGAAAGACUAUGUGAGAAGAGAGAGUGGAAAUAAAUUGAUUAGUGGGAAAUUAUCUUUCUCCAAAGGGUGA